AUGGCGGUGCAGGGGAUAGUGUUCCCCAAGUUCUCCCAACACGAGGUUCUCCCAAGUUCUCCCAACACAAGGUCCCCCGAGGCCUCCCCACAUGAGGUUCCCCCGUUUGUGUUCUCCCCCUGUGAGGUUCCCCCGUUUGUGUUCUCCCCCUGUGAGGUUCCCCCGUUUGUGUUCUCCCCCUGUGAGGUUCCCCCGUUUGUGUUCUCCCCCUGUGAGGUUCCCCCGUUUGUGUUCUCCCCCUGUGAGGUUCCCCCGUUUGUGUUCUCCCCCUGUGAGGUUCCCCCGUUUGUGUUCUCCCCCUGUGAGGUUCCCCCUUUUGUGUUCUCCCACUGUGAGGUUCCCCCGUUUGUGUUCUCCCCCUGUGAGGUUCCCCCGUUUGUGUUCUCCCCCUGUGAGGUUCCCCCGUUUGUGUUCUCCCCCUGUGAGGUUCCCCCGUUUGUGUUCUCCCCCUGUGAGGUUCCCCCGUUUGUGUUCUCCCCCUGUGAGGUUCCCCCCACCUAA